AUGGAAGAUAACAAUAGAAGAAAUUGGAGCAUUGGCCUUCCCAUAGUCAUAUAUGCUAUGAAUAUUCAUUGCUCUAGACCUACUCAUCAUACACCAUAUGAGUUAGUUUUUGGACAACACCCAUUACGCUACUUUAACAUGAUUGAGGAAUGGAAGCAACAUAAUGUUAAUAUGGAAGAAGACUUAUCAGAAGAAAAUAGGGUUUCUGAUCCUGAGGAUGAAGAAUAUAAUGUUUCACUAGACCAUAGAUCUUCAAUGACAACUUCAUCAAGUUCUUUUCAAUCUUCAGAAGACAAUCACUCAAUGCUAUGA